AUGCAUGAAAUUAGCCUUAUCAAUGUGCAAGCCAUCUGGGGCUUGAGGGCGGAUGGUCUCGUUUUCACAGGGCGUGACUAUCAUGACAACUUUCCAGAUUGGACCAGCAAGUGCCGCGAUCUGCUGGGAUGGAUACCAGAUUCAUCCACAGAGACAAAGCAAGACGGUUUGCUGAUGACCGCGCUCAUCAACCAGACUAGGAUGCCACUGGGUGAUGACCUACCUACGCACGUUUACAUCCAAAGGGCACGUAUCCAUGCCCUAGUUUUAUUAGGAGGUCUCAUUCUACCGGACACCACGGGCUGUAAGGUGCCAUUUAUGUGGUUGAAUGGGCUUGGGGAUCCGGAAGAGGUGAAGAAUAUUAGUUGGGGAAGUGUGGCAUUGGCCUACCUUUAUCAUUAUCUGUGCGAGGCUUCCAUGGAUAAGAGAAAAGAGUUGGGCGGGCCUAUGAUCCUUCUGCAGCUAUGGGCGUGGGAAAGAAUGCCCACAUUGAGGCCUGCGUUCAUAGGACCAGUUGUGCACGAGCCAUAUACACCAUGUGGCGCCAGGUGGAAAGGAACAACACAGAUAGGAAAUGCUCCUAGAUACUCGGUUGAGCAUUACCGUGACCAAAUAUCUCUGAUUAGACCUGGCCAGUUUAUCUGGACGCCAUACGCAUCUUGCAUACUGCCUGACUACUGCAAUGAUGUGAAUGGAUGCUCUUAG